AUGGUUGUCAACAUCACCGCCGAAGACCCCCAACCCACCAUCCACAGCCACAUCAAUGGCACCACCGAGGAGAUUCUCGAUCGGCUCUGUGUCACCGAGCUCCUGAAGGGAUGGCCGGUAUACCGAGAUGCCUCUGAAUGGGCUCACUACCGGAACUGCUUCGCCGAACAGGCUUAUAUCUUCACCACAUGGAGUGGUGGAAUGCCAAUUGAUGAGUUCAUUGAAGUUUCGAAGAAAGGCCGUCGCAACGGUGAUCACAUCAUGCAUCGUGAGAACGGUACCCUGGUCGAGUUGAACUCCAAGACGGGCCGUGCCGUCGGCAAGAUGAAGGCGACCAUCACCCAGCGGUUCUCUUUUGACGGUGUCGAGUUCGAUGUAGAAUGUGACUGCCGCUUCAUCAUGUGGUGCCAGAAGGACCCGGCUGGAUGGAAAGUCCACUACAAGCGUCUGUUCUACGAGAAGGACAAGAUCCUGCCCGUGGACGGCAAGAAUGUGCCUGACUUUUCGGUGGAGGAACUUCAGCCUUACCCCUAUGGCUACCGGUACCUGGGGGCUUGCCAGGCGAGACUGGGCCACAAGAUCAAGCUGGACUUGCCGACGAUGGAGGAUAACGACAAGUUCCGGGGCAUGUACGAGGCCAUGGAGCGGUGGCUGCGGGGAGAAGACAUCAAGGAGACCCUUGGAAUCCCGCUAUAA